GUACCUGGACCACUGCUCGAAUUCUUUUUGUCUCUUGGCGUAAAUGCCAACUCAAGUCAGAUGUUUAAACUCGAGACAGACAGAGCAAUCAUUUGCGCCUACAAUUUCCCGGCCGUACUCUUGACUGCUGGUGCGGACUACUGGGACUCGCACCUGAAGGACACCUAUCUAAAUCUAUCAAAGGAUUACCAAAUCAAAGUACGCCGCACCUUUGCCUAUUCGCUGCAUGAAAUAUCCCGUAUAAUCGGACCAGAACGAACCGAACGUGAUUUAGUACAGAUCUUUGCCUUGUAUUUAAUGGAUCUUGACGAUGUAAAGCAGGGUAUACUGGAACACCUUGCAGAGUUUUUGAGCACGCUGGCCGUAAGCUCACGUAAUGAGUACAUACCUAUCCUAGCAGAGGUCUGGGAUGGUGUGAUGACAAACUGGAGACUGCGAGACAUAUUAGCAGCCCAAUUGCGAGACAUUGCCAUGUUGUUCGAUGCUGCGCGUGUAGUUGAGCAUGUUUUACCUCUCGCAAUACGUGCUUGCCAUGAUGAAUUUGCUGCUGUUCGUGAAACUGGUGUAGAGGCAGUAAGUCACAUU